CGGGCGGGGGGCAGAGCGGCCCGGCGGGCGGGGGCCAUGGCCAAGGCGUACGACCACCUCUACAAACUGCUGCUCAUCGGCGACAGCGGCGUGGGCAAGACCUGCCUCAUCAUCCGCUUCGCCGAGGACAACUUCACCAGCACCUACAUCUCCACCAUCGGCAUCGACUUCAAAAUCCGGACGGUGGAAAUCGAUGGGAAGAAGAUCAAGCUGCAGGUCUGGGACACGGCGGGGCAGGAGCGCUUCAAAACCAUCACGACAGCCUAUUACCGCGGGGCCGUGGGCAUCAUCCUGGUGUACGACAUCACGGAUGAGAAAUCCUUCGAGAACAUCCAGAACUGGAUGAAGAGCAUCAAGGAGAAUGCAUCUGCUGGUGUCGAGCGGCUCCUCAUCGGCAACAAGUGCGACAUGGAGAGCAAGCGCAAAGUGCAGCGGGACGCCGCCGAGAAGCUGGCCAAGGAGCACGGGAUCCGCUUCUUCGAGACCAGUGCCAAGUCCAGCGUGAACGUGGAGGAGGCCUUCAGCACGCUGGCGCGGGACAUCCUGCAGAAAUCAACCCGAAAAGCGGUCCCGAGCACCACCGCCACGGCCGGCUCGCUGCCGGAGCCCAGCGCCCCGCGGCGGGGCAGCUCCCGGUGCCGGCUGCUGUAGGGCCGCCACCGCCCCGGGGCAGCGCGGGCGCCUCUCCGGGAGCCGGGGGGGGCUGCAGCGGGGGCGACCCCGCACCAGGUGCCAUAAACCCGGCCUGUGCCUUGC